UUUUUUUUUUUUUAACAAUUCUUACUUCGGCUGUAAAUUUACCCAGCCAGACGAAGCGUCUCAGCUCGAAAUCUCAUCGCGACGGCUCGUGAUAUCGCAAGUAGCAUUUUUUUUUUUUAGACUGAAAAAAGCCCUCUGAAAUACAACAUGGAGUCGCCUCCUGAUCCGACGAGCGAGCCGGGUAAGAGCGCCUCCGAGGCGGCGAGCGCGGUCAGGGAGAGCCCGCUGAACCUGGACGCUCUGCGGAAAGCCGAGCACCAAGCGCCGGUGCGCAGACACAGCUGCUCCAGCACCAACAGAGGUAUUUCAGUAACAAAGAAGACGCAUACUUCUCAAAUUGAAAUUAUUCCCUGCAAGAUCUGUGGAGACAAAUCAUCAGGCAUCCAUUACGGUGUGAUAACAUGUGAGGGCUGUAAGGGUUUCUUCAGGAGGAGUCAGCAGAGCAAUGCGGCGUAUUCGUGCCCACGUCAAAAGAACUGCCUGAUCGACCGUACCAGCCGAAACCGCUGCCAGCACUGCAGGCUGCAGAAGUGUCUGGCUGUGGGCAUGUCACGGGACGCUGUGAAGUUCGGGCGCAUGUCAAAGAAGCAGCGGGACAGCCUGUAUGCUGAGGUGCAGAAGCACCGUCUCCAGCAGCAGCAGAGGGAGCAGCAGCAGCAGCCGGGUGAGGCCGAGCCACUCACGCCCACCUACGGGCUUUCAGCAAACGGCCUCACCGAGCUGCACGACGAGCUGAGCGGCUACAUGGACGGCCACACGGCCGACGGCACCAAGCCUGAUUCAGGUGUCAGCAGCUUCUACCUGGACAUCCAGCCCUCGCCCGACCAGUCUGGCCUGGACAUCAACGGCAUCAAGCCCGAGCCCAUCUGUGACUUCACGCCAACCUCAGGCUUCUUCCCAUACUGCUCCUUCAGCAACGGCGAGACCUCCCCCACCGUCUCCAUGGCCGAGCUAGAGCAUCUGGCCCAGAAUAUCUCCAAGUCCCACAUGGAGACAUGUCAAUAUCUGAGAGAGGAGCUGCAGCAGAUGACCUGGCAGGCCUUCCUGCAGGAGGAGAUGGAGAGCUACCAGAACAAGCCCAGAGAAGUCAUGUGGCAGUUGUGUGCCAUUAAAAUCACAGAGGCCAUCCAGUAUGUGGUGGAGUUCGCCAAGCGUAUCGACGGCUUCAUGGAGCUCUGUCAGAAUGAUCAGAUUGUGCUGCUCAAAGCAGGCUCUUUGGAGGUGGUGUUUGUCAGAAUGUGUCGUGCCUUUGACCCUCAAAACAACACAGUCUAUUUCGAUGGAAAGUAUGCUGGCCCUGAUGUAUUUAAGUCAUUAGGUUGUGACGACUUGAUCAGCUCCAUCUUUGAGUUUGGGAAAAACUUGUGUUCUAUGCACCUGUCUGAGGACGAGCUAGCCCUGUUCUCAGCGUUUGUGUUGAUGUCUGCAGACCGCUCCUGGCUCCAGGAGAAAGUGAAGGUCGAGAAGCUACAGCAGAAGAUCCAGCUGGCCCUUCAGCAUGUCCUGCAGAAGAAUCACAGAGAGGAUGGCAUACUAACAAAGUUAAUAUGCAAAGUGUCGACCCUGCGAGCGCUGUGCAGCAGGCAUACAGAGAAGCUGACCGCUUUUAAAGCAAUAUACCCGGACAUUGUGCGUACCCACUUCCCGCCCUUAUACAAGGAGCUGUUUGGAUCAGACUUUGAGCAGUCCAUGCCCGUGGACGGGUAGCGGCCUCCUCGUCCGCCCCGCUAUGAGGGGCCUCAAACACCGUGGGGAAUGUCGAGCAUGAAUCUGAGACACUUUACCAGUGCCCUGCACAUACACACACAUACACAAACACAAACACAAAACAGGACAGCUAACCUGCUGCACACACUUUCCUUUUUUUUUUUUUUUUUUUUUUUUUUGUUGUUGUUGUUGUUGUUGUUGUUGUUUUCCUUCGGGAGGGGGGUACAGCAAGAUAACUUUUAUUUGAAGGGUUGAUUUUGUGAGGUUUAUCCCCUCCUUUUUUGACACAAGUGGGAUUGGGAGGGCCCAGGGGAAAGGAUGAGGAAAUGAAGAUGCUUGCUUUCUCUCUCUCUCUCUCUCUCUCUCUCUCUCUCUCUGUCUCUCGCGUGCUCGCUCUCUCUCGCUCUCUUUCUGGCUAAACCUGAAGCACUCAGGCAUACGACUCCAACGUGGUCCCAUGAUGAUUUCUAAUUGAUCACCGGAAAUGGUGUUUCCUACAAGACAUCCUAUCAAACCUUUAAAUUCUUCAAAGAAAGCAAACAUUAAUUAGGAUUGUUCUGGAAAAUAUGUAGUUUGGUCCAAUUUUGAUAAUAUGAAAUCAGAGUCAUUACUUAUUACACCCUCCAAGUUUAAAUAUUACCAUUCCCAAACUAAAAACAACAUGCAUGGAUGGAUUGUGACCAAUGCAGUAUGCAUGUGCUAGGUUUAGUCACCUCUCUACUCUUUCUGUCUUUUGCUGGGAAGCUGCUGCUCAGAAUGUAAACCAGCAGUAAAAGAGGUCAAAAGAGGAGAGCCAGAUGAGGAGAGAGAGAGAGUGAGAGAGAGGGAGAGGGUAAAAGGGAGAGAGCAGGAGAAAAAGAGAAAGCACGGGGCAUGUGGAACGGAGCCGUCUGCAUGGGGUGACACGAAACUGACGCCUUUCUAAGGACAAUCGUUAAAAAAAAAAGAGAAGAAAGAAGAAAAAAUAAGUAGAAUUCUGGUAAUUCUAGUUUUAAAAAAAAAAAGCAAUUACUUUUAGCUGUCGAGCACUUCAUCCACCGUGGUUGCUUAGUGAGAUCAUGUAAGGCCAUCUGCUAUUAACUUGUUUUCCUGGACAGAUGCUGGCAGUUUAACUGAGCACACCGCCACAGCGCAAGGGUCCAUUCCACCUGUUUUCUAAUGUGCUACAGGGUAUACGGUCAUAAGUACUUACUAUACAGAAAAGAAAAGUAAUGUUUAUAGAAUCUAUUUUAAAUAACAUGUAUGAUAUUAGUAGCUAGACUAUUCUUAAUUGUCAAAAUUGAUAAGGCACUUUUAUUUGCACCUUUCUUUAAUUUAAGACUUGUAUAUUUACCUAGUGAUGUGUUGCAUGUGCAAACAGAAAUACAAGCGAAAAACCACCGACUCACAGAGGCUACAUGUUGGAAGCUCCUACAGGUGUGUGUGUGUGUGUGUGUGUGUGUGUGUGUGUGUGUGUGUGUGUGUGUGUGUGUGUGUGAGAAAGUGAGGGAGAGCGUGUAAGGAUAAGAUCGAUUCUGGGUAAAGGCUGACCGAGAGGUGUAUAGAGUUGCAUCGGCAGGUCUUCUGCUCAGAUCUGCUUUACCGCUUUACAGAAUGAGAAGUGGGGGCAAGGCUGAACCCAUCCUAGAUCACCAUGUUCUACGACACUGCCAAUCCACGUCUAAAACCGCUGUAACAGUAUGACCUGUUAACAAGCUUGAUUUUCUCUUAGGCGUAAUGCCCAUUUUCAGCACAAAUAUAAAGCUUAAUAGUUAAAGCAUUUCCAUUAAACUGUGUGGAACGCAGGCAGUGGGGUUUAGAUUAAUAAACCUUCAUCAUACAGUGCACGUUAGUCAAGGGUUCCAUCUAGUGGUGAAGAUCCCACAGCAUCUCUCGGUAUCGUCCUCUACGUCUUGAACAUUGGUUUAUUAACGAUACAGCGUGCAGACUUCCCUGGUUAAUUCUGCCCCAUCUGCUUUUGUAGAACAGAGUUUUAGAUGUGAGUUUGAGUGAGGCUUUCGUACAAAACAGCCUUUCUGGAACAGCCUUUGCCCAGCUGUACUGGUAGUAAGGAGACAGUUAAAGAAUCAGAAAAAUAUUCAAAGCCUUGUCUGGUAGUAAAACGUCUAUUUUUCUAAUAUGUACAGUGCAUAAGCUGAAGAAAAAAGGAGAGGGAGUGAAAGAAAGUGAGAUUAUAAAGCACUUAUUCCUGCAAUAAUUCGAUUUUUGUGUCUUUACGUUUGGUCAAUAGUAGUGUUAGUGCAUUUUUUAUUUUUUUUUCUUCUUACCCCUGACUGCAUAAUCAUUGUCUAAUUGUUGAGCGUAAGCCCUUCAAGCAUGCCAUCACAGUUUCUCCUGACGUUGAGUCCACAGAACAUUCCAGUUAAAUUAUAAUGUGACUAUUAUAAAAUGCACACGAUGCAGAAACACCACAGUGAUAUUCCAUGAACAAACAUUUCUGCUAGUAAUUCUGCACUCACUUAUAUGCCCCCCCCCCCCCCCCCCCCCCCCCAUAAUGCUCCUUGAACAAUAUACUAUGUAUUUUCCUCAGGGAAGAGUUGUACUUCUAACUCUGUUCGACUCAGUUAACGUUCAUUUUUAUCAGAUGAUGAUUGGUCCUGCCCUCCAUUACUUCCUGUACCUACAUUCUCAGUAUAUACCAUAGUUAUGUGACCAGUGUCAGCAUGGCAGUACAACACACUAAAAUUAGACCUGAUAUUUAUUACCAUAGAGAAUGUGUUUCAACAAUCAUGUAACUUUGACUUGGUGCAUCUGCAAUGUAUUUGAUUGUUGCUGGCCAGAGAUGUUAAAAUUACACAGAAACAUUCAUCAAAUCUGUGAAUGACAAUCCAGCAGAACAUUUGAAAUUGGCAGUGCGUGGACGUAAAUACCAAAUGCUCAGGGAGAACAUUUUACUAAAAGUACUGGGGGCAGACCAUUUCUGUAACGUAGCAUCAUAACAUUUCCAACAUGUCGUUGGUGUUUGGUUUGGGUUUAAAAAAACAAAAAUUUUAAGAAGUACUUCUCUGGUCAGUGUGUAAGAGUCAUCAUUUUCACAUUAUAUAUUCAUGUGAAAUCCAACAUCUCGUCACAUCUCAGAAAUGUCUAAAACAACAGUUCAAAAACGGUUCAGUGCACUCGCAAUCUGCUACCAACAGGGUCCAACAUCAUAGAAAAACAAGCAAUGAGCUAUAACGUCACCCCUUUUAGUGUAACCUUCACACAUAUUGUAUGAAUCUAUGUGCCAAAUACCUCUUGUACAAUUAGCUCCACUAGCAGACUCUGCCCAUGAGCCAGGAGUGCGUAGUGUGUUACUAAUACGGGUUUUGACAGGGUAGCCACUGCUGUGGAGUUCCCUCUGAACAAGCUUUGAUACGCAGAAGACUGUUGUAAUUCUGUUCUUUUCAGUCUACUUGAUCCAUAUCGUGGUGUCCUAGUUAAUGCGAAUUACAACGAUACCCGUUUGCACCGUAAAAACAACUGUACUGAUGUUUUUGGGUUUUUUUUUGUCAGUGUAGUUUGUUUUAGGUAUUAAAAGCAAUACAGGCUAUAAAGUAGAAACUUUGGACAGUUUAUUUUUUCAAUCAAAAGUACUGAACCAUCUCUGGAUUUGUGGUAGUGACAUGUCGAUGUACAGAUAAAUACUCUCACUUGUGAAAGAUCCACUUGCGCAUCAAAAGUUCCCAUAUGGUGUGUUGUAUUUUGUGUGUGAAACAGUGUCUUGAGAUCUUUCUACCCUCUUUGUUAAUUUCGUAAGAAGCAAUAUAUGUGUGUGUGUGUGUGUGUGUGUGUGUGUGUGUGUGUGUGUGUGUGUGAGAGAGAAAGAGAGAGAGAGAGAGAGAAACCCCAGACAAGGCUUUAAUAAAGUACAUAAGGAGCAGCAGGGUCAGCUGGUGAAGUAAAUGGUAUAUGGAUAUCUUAGUUUUCCCAGGUUUCACACACUUUUAGUAGCAAUUUUGAACUCAUCCAUCAGGCUGGACAAGCAUGACACAGUGCACGCCACUAUCUUAUUCAAAUCCUUCACACCUACAUUAUGCAAAUCUGCCACUGACAGGCCUAUGCAGUCACAAAUACCGCAGGACGAGUUUACACUGUACCAUCGUAAUAACUCCGUCAUUCAUUCUUAGUGAGGGCACUUAGACUGCCAGAAGCCAUUUUAAUAAUAUUCUUAAUAACAUGUUCUAAUACGUGGAAUUAAUGUGUGAUGUCAUGCUUGUGACGCCAUUUUGAUUUGAAGGUGAAAGUGUUAUUUAGAGGUAUCGAUUAUCAAUCAUUUUCAUUGCAUUUUUUUAAUGUGACCUUUUAUCCUGAAAGCACAGCUAAUAAAGUGAGAUAUGUUUUAGAAUAUAGAGCAAAAGACAAAAAAAAGACAAACAAACAAAAAAAAUCUUUAGCCAUAAUCGAAUGUCAAGCAAUAAUAUAUGGUAUAUUAUUAUUAUUAUUAUUAUUAUUAUUAUUCAUCUUUGUGCAUAGGCUUUGGACACCUGCAUGUAAAUACACCUCUUAUUUAUCAUGUUUUGUUUCUUUCUUUCUUUUUUUUCUCAAUCUCUCUCUCUCCCUGAUUAUUUUGUUUUGUUUUGUUUUGUUUUGUUUGUAUAUUUGACUAGUUCUGUUCCCAGGUGGAGAACUAAGAACUUCAUAUGGCCUGUAAACUGUACAGCUUGAUUUCCCUCUCUUUCUCUCUCCCCCUCAGCUUUCCGCUUUUAAUUCACUAUAUUUAAUGUUAUUAUUGAUCACAUGUAUAAAAGUAACUUUGUAACAUCUGUCUGUAUAGGUAAAAAAAAAAAAAAAAAACGAAAAAGAAAAUACUGCUAUUAAGACCUACUCAGUGCAAAUAUUUAUCUGUUUAUUGGAUACAUCAUGCUGUACAGUAUCUCUGUUUUUAGUAUACUUCUCUCUUUUAGAGUUAGUUUGAUAGCGAUAGGGCGUGCUGACAUAAAAUUUUGUGUUAAACUGACGUGUGGUGCUAGGUAACUUACUUUCGUGAACAAAAAAAAAAAAAAACCAAACAAACUCUUGACUCAUAGACAAGGCCACUCGAUUAGUUCAUUCAUUUCACUAAGUAUUGAUGCAUUCUUGAUAUUAGGACUCGAUAAGGAUAAGGAUAAAGAAUAAUGAUAGUGGUAAAUUUACUUGAAAUCCCCAGCAAGUACCUGUAUCAGUGUGCUAGUCUCGGGAUUGCACUCUUGUUUCCUUCUCACUUUAAGACUAUAAGUAAAAGCGGUAUCAUCUAAUUAAGAUGCUAUUAUUAAACGUCGCGUUUCUGAUUCGUCACGAUUUUAAAAGAAAAUGUUUAAGCUAAAGAAAAGCAGUAUUGUGUUGAUCCUUUUGAUUGUGAGAACCACUGGCUAGACUUGUAGCUGUUCAAUUUCGCAAAUGCAAUGCCUACUGGUACUUUUCUCAGAAAUCCUACGCUGGAAAAAGUCUUUUCGAUAAACGAUACACAGACACGAGAGAGCACAUACUGGAUGAUAGAAUUAUUGGCAGCCUCAUUUUGGUUCUCUUUGUUUUUUGACUUAGCCUAGACAACAGCUUCAUUCAGCAUAUUUAUUUUUCUGCACUAAUGUGUACGACAGCACUGUCAAUAAUUACCAACUUAGUGCACGCGCACACACACACACACACACACACACACACACACACAUAUAUAUACACACUGUGGGUUAAGUGUUAAACAUGUAAGAGGUUGAAAUUGUCAGUUGUAGGUUCAUAUUUGCUCGAGUAUUUCAUUUUCAAUUUCUGUAGCAAGUAUGACGGCGAUCCUUGCAAUAAUACACAACAAACACCACUGAGUGCCUCUCAGUGGUCCAGGAUGCAGAAAUGACGUAGUUUUCACUGUUCACUGUAGUCAAAUGGUCAUGUAUUUGCACAUGUAGGUGAAUUCUAUCCAAAUUCUUAAUGUCUUGUUUUUUUUUUUCUGUAACUGUCCUGUACUUUUGUUUUAUGACCAUGUGAACGUUUUCCACCGCUUGUAGUUUUCUGUGUGUUUCAUUUCGCAAACUUGCAGUGCACGGUCAAUGUUGCUUUUCUCCUUUACUUUUCUGCUGACAUUAAUAUAACCUUGUGGAAUAAUGGUAAAACAUGCAUUCUGAAUGUUUUAUUUUUAAGACCCUGGUUUGCGCAUUUGUAAAGGACAAUAGACAAUCCACUCUGCGUUCCCCCUAUUUACAAAACUUCCCAUUUCUGUUCGUUCUCGCAGACAAAUGACUAAUGCAUUGUAUUUUAAGUAUUCACAUGUGUAUGGAAGAUAUGCAUAAUGCACAUUUGGAUUUCUUUCCUGUCGUGUGUUAAAUGUGAGCUCGCAGGGGGAAUGGGUUUUACUCCACACACAGGCAGCAUAUACACGGGGAGGGAAAAAUGCCAAGACAAGUUUGUGGUUGUCACAAAUUUUUACAUCACACGUUUGCUACUGAUCUAACCGUGGGGAGAGAUGAUCAUGUACCUUUUUAUCCAGCUCUUUUGAACUCUAUUUAGGAGGUAGUAUCUUCACAAUAAUAGUUUUGCUCCUUCUCUUCGUCUGAUUCUUAAAUAUGAAAAUUAAGUAUUUUGAUUCAUUUUGUAAAUACAGCUGUAAAGAAAAAUAAGAAAUUUAAUGUUGUCUUUUAAAUACUUUUCAUUCUAAUAUGAAUGUUGUUAUAUUGUACUUAGAAACUGUACCUUUAAUAUUACCUUUAUUAAAGUGCAUUGGACACAUCGAUUUUAGAUGUGCUUUAUGUGCUGUUAUCCCAUAAUAAAAUUUACCGCUUGUAA